GAAAUAUGUAAGCGGGAAAAACAAGAUGGCGGAAGUGGCUUGCGCAUCCUGCUCCGAAGAGCAGAGGAACACGCCCCAUAAUUUAGUUUUCACCAUCCACAGUUAUUCAAGUUGUACAGCGAAUUAUUCUCCAGAAAAUAUAUUGCAAGAUAACCCGAACGAUCAGUCUUCAAGAUGGUCAUCAGACAACAACUGUACACCCCAGUACAUCAUCCUCAAGCUAGAGUCAUGCUCCUUGGUGGACAGUAUCACCUUUGGGAAGUAUGAGAAAACCCAUGUUUGUAAUCUGAGAAAGUUCAUCAUCUGCGGAGGACUGACAGUAGACCACAUGGUUGAACUCGCAUCAAGUGGCCUAAAAAAUGAUAAUGUGAAGGAGAGCUUUUCACUCAAGUAUGUCGUGAAUGGGAAUCCAGUGCCUUGUCGUUAUAUCAAGAUUGUGCCUCUGCAGUCAUGGGGACCUUGCUUUAGUUACAGCAUCUGGUAUGUAGAACUGACAGGAAUAGCUGAACCAGACAUGGUACAACCCUGCCUUCUAAGUUAUAACGAGUAUCGAGAAAGCCAAGCCAUCAGAUUGUGCCUAAAGCACUUCCGUCAGAACAACUACAAUGAAGCCUUCCAGAGUUUGCAAAAGAGGUCAAAGGUCAAAUUAGAGCAUCCAUUGCUGACAGAGUUGCAUUGUAAACUGGUGAGAGAAGGACACUUUGAGAGAUGUGAACAGAUCAUCGACAUGGCUUCCCAGGACGGCCUCUUCAAUAUGUACAUUGCUAACCAAGACUACAAGCCCCUUUGGAAGCUUAUAGCACCCCUCACUGUUGGGGAGGAUGAGAGUAGACCUGGUAUGCGGGGUGGUCAUCAAAUGUGUAUGGAUGUUAAUACAGAGAUGAUCUAUUUAUUUGGUGGUUGGGAUGGUACUACUGAUCUGGCUGAUUUCUGGGUGUUUAGCGUCCAGGACAACGAAUGGACAUGUCUUUCCAAAAAUACUGAAGAAGAGGGUGGUCCCACCGCAAGGUCAUGUCACAAGAUGUGUAUUGACCCUAGCAGACAUCAGAUCUUUAUCCUGGGUAGAUACAUGGAUCAGACCAUGCGUAAUACCACACCAUUAAAGAGUGAUUUCUAUGUGUAUGACAUUGCAUCUGCUAAAUGGACGUUGAUAUGUGAUGACACAGGAGCAGAGGGUGGUCCUAGACUAAUCUUUGAUCAUCAGAUGUCCAUGGAUUCUGAGAAGUCUACCAUCUAUGUAUUUGGAGGGAGGGUCUUAACAAGUUCUUCUUCAUCGGAGGAUCGUCCAAGCGAAGGUUCUUUCAGCGGUCUCUACCUCUACCACAUACCUACUAACACAUGGCAGCUGAAGAGACCUGACUACAGUGCUCACCACCACCACCAUCAUCACCAUCAUCAUCUUCAUCUACAUGAUUUGAAACGCAAUACAAAGGACAUCAAGUCGAGAACGGGACAUUCUAUGCUCUUCCAACCGGAAUCCAGGAAACUUUUUGUCUUUGCUGGUCAGAGGGGGAAGGAAUACCUCAGUGACUUCUUCACAUAUAAUAUAGAUAACGAGGAGAUAGAACUGAUAUCUAGAGGAGGAAACACGGGGCAUCCAAGUGGAGUGCCUGUGGCUGGGUUCACUCAGAGGGCAACAAUAGAUCCUGAACUGGAUGAAAUUCAUGUUUUAUCUGGUUUGAGUAAAGACAAAGAUAAAGAGGACACCAUGAAGAAUUCAUUUUGGGUAUACUACAUCAAGCAGGAACGAUGGUCUUGCGUGUAUAAGAAUGAAAACAAUGACCAGCAGUACUGGAAACAACAGCAACAUGUAGAGCCUUGUCCGAGGUAUGCCCAUCAGCUUGUUUACGACCAUAUUCACAAGAGGCACUAUCUAUUUGGUGGUAACCCAGGCAACCAUAACAGACAGCGCCCUCGCUUGGACGACUUCUGGUCGUUGGAGCUUUGUAGACCCACUAAAGAAGAGUUGGUGAGGCGUUGCAAGUACCUGAUACGUCGUCAUAGCUUCCAGGAGACGGCCAUGGGCAACCCUAUGAUGGCCCUGUCCUACCUGCAGAGAGACCUGGCAGAGAUGGUCAAUCAUUCGGAUCCUGAAGAAACCAAAGAGUUCCAGCUCCUCGCUUCAAGACUUUUCAGCCCUGGUCUAGAGGUACCAGAACACCUCCUUAUGGGUCAAUGCACCGAAGACGCACCUCCUUUCUAUGCCAGCAGAACACAGCUGUAUGAUACCUUAGUGAGCUUCUUCCCUGUGGACAUGUCACAACCACACGACAACCUCAUUGACUGUAUACUGUGAUCUCAAGCUUUGAUCCAUACCCCGGCCAUGCGACCUUUGACCCAGGGCGAUGGUUAAACUUCACCAGUGAUUCGUCGAUAUGACCUUUGAUUCAGGAAUGUGAAAUUGGCUGUAAAGAAGGACUGUUGAAUCCAGUCAUUUGAUCCUGUGUUGUGACCUUUGACCCAGGGCGAUGGUAACUUCACCAGUGAUUCGUUCAUAUGACCUUUGAUCCAAGAAUGUGAAAUUGGCUGUGAAGAUGGAAUGUUGAAUCCGGUCACUUGAUCCUGUGUUGUGACCCAGGGGAUGAUUUAACGAUGUGUAACUUCACCCUUGAUUUACUAAUAUAACCUUUGAUCCAGGGAUGAGAGAUUGGUUCUAAAGAUGUAAUCCUGGAUCUUGCCAUUUGAUCCAUGAUCCAAUGAUGGUUUUCUUGAUGGAACCUUUGCUUUCUGUAUGUCUUGAUACCAUUAAAAUAUUUACUCAAAAG